CCGCGCGUCCUACUACCGGCCAUGUCAGAUACCGAAAACACCAUGGACGACGCUCCGUUGCCGCCGGUACAACACCUGUCAGAAAAUCAGCUAGGUCUCUUGAGCUUUCCCCCAGGUCCUCAAAGCCUCAGUCCAUGAUCUGCGCUUCCUGGCAUCUCUCCUGCGCGGGGUCAACUUCAUGAACAAUGCGAGUGUCACUAUGAAUCACUCGGGGCUGAUCAUCAACGUCGAGGAGGCGCGUACCCUGCUCGCCACCGCCUACAUCUUCUCUGAUGUCUUCGACGAAUAUGCAUACAUGCCCGAGUCCGGAUCGGCUACUCUGCAGAGCACGCAGAACGACGACGAACCGGCCGCCUGCGCUUUCGAGAUCCCACUCAACACGCUCGUCGAGUGCCUCAACAUCUUCGGGACCGCAGGAUCGAUCUCCUCGUCGACCUCCACCGCCGCUUCGGGGAAGCUCAGACAGUGGAAGCGGCCAGGCGAAGACUCGGACCACGAGGCGGGCGAUGACGCGGAUGGCCAGAGACGGGGGACAGCGGCUGUGGGCAACAGGACGAUCGACCAGUAUUUUGCGCCCGGAUCGGACCACGGGACGGCCAUGCGGAUGACCUAUGCCGGGUCCGGGUAUCCGCUGACGCUCCUUAUAGCAGAAGACGCGUCAGGGCCGACGACCACAUGCGAGAUAACCACGUACGACGCCGAGCCCCGCCUCGAGUUGGAGUUUGAUCCUGAAUAUAUGAUCCUCAAGAUCAUCCUCAAAUCCUCGUGGUUACGCGAUGCGCUCUCUGAGAUCGAUGCGACUUGCGAUAAGAUAACGAUCAUCGGGAAUCCGCCGGACAAUGCGAAAAGGCCGGGGCGCGCUCCCGAUGCCAGCAAACCUAUGCUGCGGAUCCAGGCAACGGGGAACUUUGGGAGCACCGAGAUGGACUACCCAAAUGACCGAGAAGUCCUCGAGACAUUCGAGUGCGUGAGACCUGUAAAAUUCAGCUAUCGAUUCGGCCAUAUAUCACGUGCCCUGCGUGCUCUGCAAAUCUCAUCGAAGACGUCGUUGCGCAUCGACGAGCAGGGUCUGCUCAGCCUGCAGUUCCUGAUGCCGUCUCCCCGGCGCGGGGCCUCGCCGGACGAAUCGGCCAACGCCUUCAUUGAAUAUCGAUGUUUGGCGCUCGACGACUCGCUUGUUUAGGGCGCUGCUAAUUUCUCCUGGCCUGUCGAAACUCGAAGCGAUUGGGAUCGAGUCGGGUUGCGCUGCAUAGCAGCAUCGUGAUGCAACCGCAUCCUUGAUUCUUUUGACCGAGACAGAUCGAAAUCCCCUUGAGCGCAGUUCUGCUCAUCUUGAAAUGCACGGGAAGCCAUUCUGCACAAGGGCCAUUCAUUAUUAUCCCCGAUGCAAUUUGGGGAUUCCUGCUUUCCCCGGGGUUCACCGUACUUGUAUCCGGUCUCUUGUAUCAUGUCUCUUGGGGAUUCCAGGAAUAGACCGCAGCUCAUGGACUCUCGACGUGAUAGCCAAUAGUACUUCAUGCUCAACAUGCAGGCUUGGACUCCGGAGCGUCAAGCCCCGAGGCGAGCGUCGCAUGCCACUGCCGAAUGGUUGAAUGCCGAUCGGCAUGUCGUGCUCCACAAGCCAACUUCAGUCCCAUCCUCCGUUCACUUCCGCGAAGCAGUGCUUAGAUGAAGAAUGCUCGUCUCUUCCACCUCCCUCGGGCAGUACUCUGUAUAGCGCGGCUGCCGCCGGCUUCGUUGACAGUGUAUUCUGGCCUGGCUGCAGUCGCGUGAUAUGUAGCUGGAAUGGGCUGCGGACCGGGCUCCUGCAGGGGAAGAUCGAUCUGCGGAUGUGCAAAAUCGCAGCUAGCUGCAAUUCUCUAAUAAUGCUCUUCUGAAUCAAUCCGCAGGCGCAAGCGAGUGCGGAUCACCUUCUGAGUACGUACGGAAGACGAGGCGGCUAGAUUUUAUGCCACAGGGAUUCCGAUGAUAUGUAUGUUAUGAUUUGAGUUGUCUGAGACCCGCAAUGUAGAGUCCAAUGAAACACCAUACAAAGUCAUGAGGACGGUGUACUGUGGUUUACUGCCACUUUGUCCGGAAGAACCCGAGGAUGAUCGAGUGGCCUGAUGAGUAGAUCGGAGGGUAAGACGGCAUAUGCGUGGACUUUGAGAAUAGAGACUCUGAGAAUUCUCUCUGAGCCGACCGAGUAAUUUGGGUUUUGAAUAACCAUCGUAUGUAGGCCGCGCAUCGAUGGGCUAAUCUUAAAUCCGCGACCUCAUCGAUUAACCAUCUGCGAUCGAUACAGUGCUUCUCCAGCUUCUGAGUUCCGGUCCUCUUCCAUACUACUUACUUAAGUGAGUCGCCAAAGAUUGUUUGCGCACAGUAUGGAAUUGCAAAAGGACGAGCUUGAAGGUUAAUCACCAACCGGCCCGGCCGGUUCAUUGCAUGACGUCACGGCACAGACGAGCGCGGCCGGGCAGCGGUCCACUUUCUCGCCCGACUCAAGGCGAAGGAGACGUCGGCUAGCUAGAGCAGCAGGAGGGUGAAAGAAAUCCGAUGAUCGUAUCUCCACUGGUCGCCGCGGCUCUGCAGCAGCUCGACGGGGUACUUACUGGGCGCCCGAUUGAAGUUUCUCUCGAGAAGAGGGGCUGCGUCACCCCUGCAGCCAGCAUUUCAAAUGUUCAACCUGCGAGGCUGUCAAGACAUCUGCCCCUUGUUGCGAUGCAACAGUAUUCAAGCGACGAGUCUGCUCUGUGCGCGCUCUUUUCCCCUUCUCCCCUCAUGCAGCCGUGCGAUGUCCACCGUGAAUCCGCACGACUUCCUCCCGCAGAUCUACGUCUGGAACACAUUCAACAUCUUUGCAGGCGUAGCGAACGCGGUCCUCCUCGGCGCCAUCCUCGCCAGCCAGCGCGCCAACGCCAACGCGAACCUGCUGAACCUCAUCUUCCUCUUCGUCGUCACCUCGCUCACGGGCAGCUCGCUCGCACUCACGGGCCACGCCCUCGACGAGCAUCCGCCGUUCCCGCUGUGCCUCCAGAGCGCGCUCGUCGCAAUGUCCAACGUCCCCGUCGAGGCCGGCGCCGCGCUCGCGCUCGUGCUGCGAGUCUGGGGCAGCGUCGUGAUCGCGUGUCGCCCGAGCCAGCGCAGGGCCGUCGAGAUCGUCACGUGUCUGCCAUUUGUGAGUCCCCCCUUCCCCUUCCACUUCCGGCGUCGUCGAGUGCCUCCUGCUGCGCUGUCGCUGACGGUCUCCGUCAGCUGCUCGCGAUCCCGCUGAUCUCCUCUUUGCCGCUGUUCAUCGCCGGACUUGUCAUCGGGCUCGGCGAGCGAGACAGGGUCUUCCGGGGCUCUCCAUUCUACUGCGUUGUGGACCACACGACACUACAGGAUGCUUCGUCGGGCCUCGGCGCCGCCUUCACCUUCAUUUGUCUUGUCUUUGCGGCCUGGACCACGUGGCUUCUCGUGACGACGCGCUGGAACGUCCGUCGGAUUAUAGAAUACCCCGGCGUGUCUUACCCCCUGGUCCUGCGCACUCUCACGUUCUCGAUCUUCGUUGGUGUCGCUUUCGUCGUCGGGGUCAUCUCGCUCGUGACGUCUUUUUCGGGGGUCGUGCCCGACAUAUUCUUGUCUACCUGCAACGUUGCCGUGUUCUUCACCUUCGCGACGUCAAGGCCGAUCCUCGAAUUCGUGUUCCACUGCAGGCGCGUCGGCAGCAGCGCCACCCCCUCGUCGCGUAGCCACCGCGGCACUGCGGCGCCGACCUCAACAGGCGCCCGCCACGAGCUGCACAUGUUCUCGCUGACGGAGAUCUACACCGAGUCGGACGCCAACCCCAAGUCGGGCGGGCUCGUCGAGGAUCCUCCUUCGCCGUGGAGGCCCUACGCGAAAGAGUCUGGUAGUCCGCACGGCGACGACGGGGAUGCGGUGGCGGGUAGGCUGUCGCAGGACGACAAUGCUCCGACCGGUCACCCGUACGCUUCGGCCACGCCGCCGGUGUGAUUCCCUCGCUUCUGGUGCUGUAUUUCUAUCGUGUAGUAUUAGAUCGAUGUCCUUGACGCGAUGACGUCAUCGUUGCUGUCGUUGAACUGCGUGCAAACAGGACACAACAGUGGCUGGCAUUGGAAUCUUGGCGGAUGUCAAGGCUGCUACUCGCUGAGCGGCCCAGGUGAGAGUGGUUAUCUCCUCGAAAAUUCGGAUUCUGUGGUGGGAGGGCUCUUCAGUAUCCUUCCGAGUCAAGACCCGACCCCUCCCAGUCGCGUCAUCCUGGAACCACAUCCGGUGGAGGCUCGUGUCCCGUGCGGACUCUGAAAUCAGGGACACCAUCGUUACCGAGAGAACGAUCGUCGAAGCGGGGCCGCAGAUUUGAGCCGGGAGCGACUCUUGAAGGCCUGAACGGCCAGCGCUGCGAGUCUGCAUGCCAAUAGAACGCGCACCCGUGGCAAGGGUUCCUUGACAUCGGUGCCUGACGGUCAAGUGUUGAAGAAAGGCUUGACCGGCUCCCAGGUACAAGAUAAAUGGCUGCAUUGCUGCGGUCGGAAAUGUUGCCGUCACAAGAGCAUUAUUGACCCCAAGUAUUCCAUCAUGUACUAAACUAUGCAGAAUACGAGGGUCUCAGCCCAACUUCGAUUCCGAGGCCUCUGUCCCGACUGAGCCCUACUUCUCAUUGGACAACAAAAACAACAAAAAUCUGGAGAUCCUAAUGCAACAUUACCAUUGUCAUGGAUGAUUCGACUUUGACAUGGGAAAUCCUAAACCCGACUUGUUAUUUGCACCAUGUGCAACAUUUAGACUGUCUUUAUUCGACUUGACUUUGG